CGGGGGGGACGGGCGGUGUCGCACAGGUGGGACACGAGCCUUUCCCGAGGAGGAGAAUUCACGUGUUUGUUUAUUCUCGGUCUCGCAGCAGCGCUGGAAUCACGCCCCGCGAGCCAAAUUAGCACAAACCUGCCGGCAGAAGGCGGCACAGGCACCGGCAGCAUCCAGGGAAUGCUGGCUUGAAUCGAGGAUGUCAAUUGUCACUGUCCAGCUGGGGCAGUGUGGGAACCAGAUUGGCCACGAGGUGUUCCAGUCCCUGUGCAGUGACAUCCACGGCACUCACGGGCUGUGCUCCAGGGAGGAGAACCAAUCCUACCAGGAUGCCUGCAAGGAGAGGUUUUUCUGGGAGGAGGAGGGAUCUGGAGUGCCUGUGGCCCGAGCUGUGCUGGUGGACAUGGAGCCCAAAGUCAUCAGCCAAACCUUAUCCAUGGCUGCCAGGUCUGGCUGCUGGAAAUACAACCACCAGUCCCACUUCUGCCAGAAGCAAGGCUCUGGGAACAACUGGGCCAACGGGUACUCUGUGCACGGGCCCAGGCACAAGGAAUCAAUAAUGGAGCUGGUGCAGAAGGAAGCAGAGAGGUGUGACCGCCUGGGAGGAUUUGUCACCACCAUGAGCAUGGCUGGGGGGACGGGCUCAGGCCUGGGAGCCUUUGUGACCCAGUGCUUGAGAGAUGCUUUUCCAGCCUCCUUCAUCCUAAACCACCUCAUCUGGCCCUAUGGCACCGGUGAGGUCAUCGUCCAGAACUACAACAGCGUUCUGACCCUGUCCCAUCUGUACCGCUCAGCAGACGCCCUCCUGGUCCACCAGAACGACGUGAUCCACAAGAUCUGCGCCCAGCUGAUGAACAUCAGACACAUCUCCUUCAGGGACGUGAACCAGGUCAUUGCACACCAGCUGGGGAGCGUGUUCCAGCCCGCCCACAGCGCCCAGGGGGGCCCAGGCUACAGCAGGAACCCCCUAGGAGACUUGAUGGAGACCUUGGUCCCACACCCCGAAUUCAAGAUGUUGGGUCUCCGCAACAUCCCUCAGAUUGCUGAGAGCUCCCUCCCCUACAGCACCUUCAGCUGGCCUGGGCUCAUCAAACAUCUGAGGCAGAUGCUGAUUGCUAAUGCCCAGAUGGAGGAAGGUAUUGACUGGCAAGUCCGACCACCUCCUGCAGGCUCCUCCAGCCCCUCCAGCCACUCCACAAAGAGGCCACUGCACUUCAACACUUCCAUUGCCAACCUGGUUAUCCUGAGAGGAAAAGAUGUGCACAGUGUGGACUUGGGGAGUUUCCAAGAUCCCUCCCUGUACACAUCGUGGCUAAACCCUCGGGAUGCUUGGAAUGCCUGGAGAACACCGAGGGCAUUCAACAAGUAUGAAAAGUCUGCUUCCCUGGUCAGCAACAGCCAGUUCCUGCUCAGACCUCUGGACAGCCUUGUGGGAAAAGCUUGGAAUAUGUUUGCUUCCAAAAGAAACUGGAGCAGAGAUUGCACGAGCUGAGACAAAACAGCACAGGCACCUGCAGGAACAGAGGGGCAGCAGAGGAGACCCCUCCCUGGUGCUUCCAGCAGAUCCCAGACGGAUCAGGAACCUCUGGAAAAACAGCCAAGCCCCAGCAAUGGCCACUCUCCCUCCUGUCCCACUGAACAGGUAAAUGAGGUGUUUAAUGCCCUGAGAAACGAGAGGGCAAAGGGUUAUUGAUUGAGCAGCACAAUAACCCCUUUAUUGCAGGAAUAAGCUCUUAUCUCCGUGGAUUUAUCAUGGUGAGCAGGAAGCAAAGGCAGCAGGUGCUCAGUGCACCUCUGGGUGCUCACUUAUGGCUCAGGGCAUUUCCAGGUAAUUUAUCAGGUUAUUUGAGGUGGUUUUUUUUUGUUUUUGUUUAAGUUUGAUGUGGCAGAAUUUAUGCCACAACAAGAAACACAACACACACAACCAAGCCCAAAGCAAAAAUGAAGAUUUCCUUGUUUAACACAAGGAAAGAGAGAGGGAGGGAAGGUUCUGCAGCUCCCAGACACAGCCAGGCCAGCAGGGUCAUUACUGCUUAUCAAGGGUUGCUCUGGAAGGACGUGGUCACAGUCAGGAUUCAGGGAGAACACUCCUCAUUCCAUGUGGAAACAACGUUUUUUUUAAAGCAGCAACAAGGGAUCACAACCAGCAGCCAAAGUUUGACAACACAGGUUCCUCAAAACUGUUUUAAAUUAAGAAAAGAGUUGAAACCAAAAGUUAUAUGAACUGUUCUAAUCCCCUGCAUUGCUCUGCAAGAGGCUGACAGGAGCUGCUUUAGGCAUCUCUAGGCUCCUUCCUGUGAGUGUUCCCCACUGCUGACCUCAAUCCUGAGAUUCUCACAGCCUUUCCCAAGCCCAGCCUUCAGUUUUUGAUCUAUGACAGGAUUCCUCUGUUGUUUUGUUGUUUGGUUUUUUUUUCCCCAGGAUGUGGAGAGGGUCAAAGUGGCAGGAAGUGAAUAGCUGGUAUCAAAUAUUCAUAAUUUACACUUACACUGGAAGAUGGAGCAGUGCUUCUCUGUUUUAUUGAUCAGAUGAAUCCUGGGACAGGGCUUUUAUUCCCUCAGCAAUUAAAGUUAAUGAGGUGGAUCAAAGGUCAGCACGAGCCAGUGGCUCAGUGACAGGAACAACAGAAUCAGUGGCCUUGACCUUGCUGGUUUUCAGUCCCCCCAGGAUGUCCCUCAGGCUGGAACAAUGCCCCAAACCUCAGCAUUGUUGUUGGCAGGGACAGGUGCAGCUCACUGGGAAGUUGAUUCAAGGACUCCCAACUGCAGAAGGCAUUUCAUCAACAGGAGAACCUUUUAUUUGGCCACAAAAAAAAAACCCAAAAUAAAAAAACAACCAAGCAAAUCAAACUCACCAAAAAAAAUUCCAACCCAGAAACGAAACCCUGCAAUGACCUAAAAUACUUUAAACACAAAUAGUGGCAAGUGACAGUAGUUAAUGUAUUUAUAGGCACGAUUUCUUUGGAUAUAAGCAGAAUUGGUGCUUUUAAGGUCAGACUCACUGCCAGUACAGGAAGGAAAGAACUGGGGGGAAAUAUGUAAGGGAAAAAAAAAAAAAAUCUGUGGUUUCCACAGCAACCAGGAAUUUAUCAAUAUGAAAGCAGGAAGUUAUAUUCAAAUUAGCAGCUGAGACACUACUGAGGAAAAUUAAGGUACAAAAGGAUGAAUAAUUCACUUCCUCCUGCAUUUGCUAAGAAAUUUAGUCUGGAUAAAUACUAUGAAGUGAGAGACUAAACAUCCAAAAGGAAGCAGUGUCAGAUGAAGAAGGGUGAGUUUUGCUGGACACACUUCAGGAGCUGCCCAGGAGUCAUCAGGGAAGUGAUUCAUGGCUCCAAUUUAGCACAAAAAGCUUCCAAAAGGAACUGAGCUGCUGCCUUUCCUCCCCUGCUUCCAAGGGCAGCCCAGACACAGCUUCAAACACCCCAGCAGCGAAUUCCAGCUUCCUGCUCCUACCUCUGCUUCCUCCCCAGCUCUGCCCACGCUCCACUUGCACCAUAAAAUAGAAACCCACCAAAACCAGGGGGCCAAAAUCCCUGUUUUAAAUGUAAGAGUAGCAGGACUGUUAAAGGCAGGAAUUGCAACCAGCAGAUUAAUAUCCAAUUGGAUGUUUCUCCCAAGAGGAAAGCUUCCAGUCCCCUCCCUGCCAGCCCCUCACUCAGGGUUUCACCUUAUUUUCCUCUACAAAGAUCUACUCAGGCUUCUCCCCAGAGCCAGAGUAUUCUGAUAUAAAAGCAGAUCCAAACCUGGGGGGUGCUGGCAAAGGAGAGCUCGUCCUUGGGGUCCUCCAGCUGAACAAAACUUCACUCAGCAGGCCUGGACUUGUCCAAAAAUCCCUGGACCAAGGGCAGAGAGAGCUCCAGGAAGGACCAGGGGAGGAGACAUCAGGGACAGUUUUAGCCAAGGGCUCUCAGGCCCUUCCAAACAACGCUUAACCCCUUCCUUGUUCUCGGGAUUGGGAGGAUCUGUCACAGCUGGGAUCUCUUGCCAAAGGACAGGGGUUAUUUCACCCCUGUCAGCAGCACCUGCCUCCUCCUGGGCAGCCCUAGGGGUUCAGUUCCUGCCCAGUGGGUUUGCCACGUGGUGAUUAAAACAGGGCACGAGUGAUUAAAACAGGGCUGGGGAGAAAUGAAGGGAGGCAUCAGCACUAAACCCAGCAGAGAUCCUGCCUGGAGCGUUUCUUUGGCAUCCACCAGCCUGAGCCCCACUGAACACCAUCCCAAAAGUGCCUCCCUGGCUGCUCCCCACCCAGGCCCUGGCACAGCACCCAGGGGUGCUCGAGACUGGGUGUCCCAGGAGCUCAGCCAGGCUGAGGGCAGACCCACAAGUGCAGGGAUCUGAGAGAUGGAAUCUGCUGUUGUGAAAAUAUCCCAAAUAUUCCAGCUCCCCAGCAAACAGCUGCAGCAGGAGGCACGGAGGGCAGCCCAGGGAGGUUGUGUGGAAAUGGCAGCGUUUGCACAAUGCUGUAAAUCUAAAUGUGUGUUUUCUCUCCAGUUUCUUUUGGGGACAGGAAAAUGCUGAGCACACAAACCUGCUUUUUCAGUCACCAGAUGGAAAGGGCAGUGUCAGGAAAGCCACAGUCCCUCAAAAUUCCAUUUCUGCACCGAAGUGUGAGCCUUGAACAAGGUAUUUGUGUGUUUGAACCAGCAGCAGCUUCUGCAAGAGAAGUGCCAGGUUAUUUCCUGAGAGUGGAAGGAGAACAGAGGCACCACGAGGUCACCUCACGUGGGCAGGACAAGCUUUGGGAAGUGCGUGGCAUCUCCAGGGAAUUCCUUACAGGUGGGGCCAGGCAGAGCUGACACCUUCCCAUGGAAAGGCUUUGGAGCUGGGAAAUGCCCCAGAUCAGCCAGUCCCUGAGUGAGGGAGGAGGUGACACCCUCCUGACCCGGUGGAUUGUGCUGUAAAUCCCGAGGGUGGAGCACAGGGAGCCCUGCCCUGGCCGGGCCCUCCCCAGAGUGCCCGUGGAACAAUGCCCCGAGUGGCAGCUCCCAUCUCCAGCAGGAAACAGCACCAGCUUCCUUAGGGCCAGGGCCAGGGCAGCUCAGCCAGGCUCCCUGGAAAACCACGGGGCCAGGGAAUGGGGAGGAACUCCCCUGAGCCACGGGGGAUCUGCACACACCCUCAGUGAGCUCCAGAAAAGGUGCCCUGUGAUUUGGUGCUCGUGGAGCCAGUGCUCUUUGAAGCACUCCAUGGAUGAUAAUAAUAAUAAUAAUAAUAAUAAUAAUAAUAAUAAUAAUAAUAACAACCCCCCCUCAGCACAUGCUAAAGCAGACUAACCCCGAGCUUGGCCCUUCCACUUUGCACCUUUGUUUUACACCAGCAGCAGUGAAUGAGCUGAACCACCUCAACAUCCCCUUCCCUUGAAAUCCAGCACAGGGCAACAGUGAGAUUUUUUUUUUAACCAAAAUACCGUUUUUCUCUGAAUUCCUGACACACUGCUGGGCUCUUGCUGUUUGCCUGUACCUGGGAGGUGACAUAACACCAGAAAGUUUCUGCCUUUGAGCUCCUUCCUCUGCUGCCAAGUGCCCCGGGCUGUUCAGCCUCUCCCUCCACAGCCCUGCCAGGGCAUUGUUUGGCUGCCCCUCCUGAGAGCAGUGGAUGCAUCAGUAAGCAGGUGAAAUGGGGAUAGAAAGAAAUGCCAGCCUUUUGUGCCCUCAGUUAGACACCUGAAUUAGGGAAAUCACAGCAGGCUCAAAGGGUUUCUCGCUGUAAUCCCUCUAAAAAUGAGUUUGCUGGAGCACAGGCAAAUAUUUACCCUCGGUCUCUGAGGGCAUCAUUGGGUGUUCCAUGGGAAGGAAUUGCUUCACUCCCUGUUUCCUGAGGUUACAGGAACCCAGGAGGCUCCAGCACUGAUCCCUCACCUGCCCAGCUCCCCCCAGGGCCCACAGCCCAGCAGGAUUCCCUCCCUCCCACCCAGUUUUUAAACCGAAUUUUAAAGCUCAGAAGAGCCAUUUCAGUUGCCUUACCUGUAAUUAAUCCAGCCUUUUUAACUGCUGAUUACAAAGUAUGUUUUAACCCCGUGCUUCAAAGAACACCCCCAGCCCCCACUUCUCUUUCCACCUGCCAUCAGUUUGGCUCACUAAUAUUUAUAUUUGUGCUCGAUAAUCAGGGACACAUCCCCGGUGUUUGUGCCUGCAGUGACACCGGGAUGAAUCAAGCCCUGAAAGCCAAGGGCACAGCAGGGGAGGAUGUGGAGCAGCACUGAACCCCUGUCAGCUGUGAAUGACAAGUGUCUUUUAGCACAACAGGCAGCUGGGGGGGUCCAGAGGGAGCUGCUUGAGCAGGAACACAGCGGGACACUGGGAUGGAGGGAAGGAGCUGCAGAGCCAGGGAAAGCACGAGCUUUCCUGACUGUUUUCCAGCCUGGAUCUGGAGGGUUUGACCUGCCACGGGCUCUUGGCUCGGCUGGCACAGCCACCCUGACCUGAGCUGUGCUGCCACCAACAACCCCCACUGUGGGGCAGGGCAGCUCUGCCACCUCCCACCAUCCCAGGGAACAGCCAGGGCAGGAACAACCCCCGGGGCAGGCAGGGAAAACAAGGAAAAUGAAGGGGAGGAGGAGUUCCAGCCCUACCUGCCCUCAGCUCUGAUGUGCUGCUUCCAAUUCUCCUCUCACGAAGAGAUUCAGCCUCGUCCCACAGAGGAUGAGACAAAAAAAAAAAAAGUCUCUAUCACAGCCAAGUCAUCUUUGAGGUUUAACUGCCCCUCAGUUGCCGUUACCUCCGUGUGAUUUUCAGUAACUCCCAGGAAAUAAAAGCAAGAUGCUUUUUAGUCAGGGUCUGAACUGAGAGACAGCAGCUAAAAAUAGUGAGCUGUGCCCAGACUGUCCCUCCUGCAAGAGCUCUCCUUGGCUUUGUCCCUCACGCACCAGGAGGUGACUGCUCCCAGUGCCUGACUGAGGACAGGGGCAGUAACGGGAGCUGUGGAUUCAGGGAGCAAAAUCCACAAUUUCAGGGGAAAUGUUGAAGGCUCCAGGUCCCUGAAGCCACAAAAUGCAGAUGGAUCUUCUCCAUUCCAACGUCACAAGCGCUACCAACCCACUUUAACGCACAGAGUGGAAACAAUCCAGCUGAAAUCAACACCGGGAAACGUCAUUUCUUUGUUUAUUUAAGCAAACAGAAAACUAUCCAUUGAAAAUCUCAGUAGGGUUACUUUCAUUUCUAUGAUUUUUUUUUUUUUUAAACCUUUUACCAAGUAUCAUCAUCUCCCAGGUAGGAGCAGGUAGAACCAGCAGUUCCUUCUUGAAAUGGGGUUAGAAAGCUUCAAGAUACCAGCAGAGCUUAUUGGAAUGGACACAUGGAACACAAGCUGAGGAACAACAGACACAGAGAUAUUUCACACCACGUGGAUGUAAACAGACUGCACUAAAAGUGGGAGAAAGCUCCCUUUUCCCAGGGGUUUUCCAGCAGGCAAGAGGCAGAAUUUUAAGGAGACCUCUAAAGGAGCAUUUUUUUUUGGCUCAGGCUCUGGCAGGAGGGUUUUUUUCUCUGUUAGUUGACACCACCAGAACUGAGAGAGGUGAAUAAAUAAAUACCCGUGUCCCUCAGGGGAAUCUGAGGACAAAAAAGCUGCCACCAGGACUUGGGGGGAGCAGCCAGGGCUGUCACUGCUCCAGUGUCCUGGGGGAACAGAACACAGCUCUGGGCUGAGAUCUCCUCCAAGUGCAACCCUGAAGCUUCCACAGAUUGACAAAAGUGAGGUGCCAAGCACAGCUGUGAUUUUUGGAACUUGCAUUAUGUUAGAAGACCUUUGUGAUUUAUUUUCAAAGGCCUUAUUAAGGCCAAAAAGUGAAAAAAGAAAAAAAAAAAGUGGAAAAUUUAAGCAAAGGUGUUCCCCUUUAAAAAUCAGCGGGGACACGAAUGGUCUUGGUGCCUUUGACCACCUCACCCCAGAGCUUUAGGUCUUUAAAUUCCCUCUGCUCAGAGCUGUGCCAGAGCAGCCCAUCUGCACAGCCUGCCCACCCCCCAGGGCAGGGCUGGCUGCAGACACAACUUCAGCCACUCCAAACCUCCCACACAGCAGGGGGGACACACUGGAGGAUGUGGGGAUGCAGAACCGGUGGCUCCUCGGAGCGAAAGCAAACACAGGGCCGUGCUGAUGCUCAAUGGGACAGCUGCAGAUGGAUGAGGGGACGCUCAGAUGAGAGAUACCAAAAUGUCAGACAGCCUACCGACUGUUGUUGCCAUGAGAUCCAACAGUCAACAUCAGUCUGAUAAGCUAUCCGACAGGAUGGUGGGGAUGGACACGCUGGAGCACCACGGCAGCCCCCAAAAACACAGCCCAGCUCACCCCAAAGCUGCCCCAGCAGGCAGGGGCUGACCUGCUCUGGGUACCUCCUGCAACACUCACUGAGAGCAAACUCGGCUUUACUUACCCCCAGGACAGGAACCAAACCAACAGCUGACAAACAUUUACAGGUGGAAGUGCCCAGGAGGGAAAGGAGCCAUUUCAAUGUUAGUCCAUUAGAGCUGACACACACACUGGUUCAGAACAAGGUUUAGAAGAUAUCUGACUUAAAGAGCAGAAGGUUAAGGUUCUCUAAAGUUCUGUUCUGGACAUCAAAUCUAUUUUCAGAUGGAAUAUUAAAUCUUCCCCCUCUCCUCUUCCCCACUGCCCACAGUUCUGGGCUCAGGGGCCAACACCUGAGCAGAAUAAAUACUGUUCAACCUGCCUGUUUGAACUGUGCUUCGAGCUAGGGAUGUCCUUCCUGCUGCCUUUGCUGAGUAAGAAGCUCUUAAGAAAAAAAGAAAAAUAAAAAAAGAACAACAAGGGAAAAAAAAGCCCAAAGGUGUCAGCACCAUCAGUGCAGGAAGGGUGAGUGAACG